AUGUCAACUUUACAAGGACUCAUUGCGAGGCUUUCUUACCCAGCAUUACGCAUGUUUCCACCAAAAGACAUUUUACAAAAAAGAAGCAAAAUAUCCAAGCCUACGUUUGAACAUUUCUCCUCCCCUUCAACAUAUGGUCUUAUUGCAAAAGCUUCUCGACCUGUAUUGUGUAAUUUUCAACAAAGCAAUGUUCCCCUAACUUUGCAAAGGAAAACCAACAUAGUCAUUCCGCCUAAUUACUUUGAAAGGUAUAAAUCUUAUUCGUCUCGUAAAAACAGAGAAACCCAAGACAUUCGAGACUGGUGCGUUCAAGAAGUAAAUGAGUACUUGCAAAUGCAUCUAGAAGAAAAAUGGACGCUUCAAGAGACGAAAAUAUUCGAAAACAACAAGAUAACAGGUUCAAUCUUUUUAGACUUAACAAUUGAACAGAUGAAAUCAUUGAAUAUUUCAUUAGUGCUUGCAUUUAAAAUAGACAAAUUGAAGAAAGAACUACGUCAAAAAAUAAUUUAUAUUCAGAAAUAUGACGAUGAGGGUAAUCCAUUACCAAAUUUCGAGAGAUUUAUUAUAGAUAGUCAAGAAAUGUUUGAAAAGGCUUUAAGUCGAUAUGAUGCAAUGGGAUUAGAAUUAAUUGAAAAUCAAAAUAAUGAUAAUAUCAACGAUCACCUCCCAAAAAUUAUUACGUCCUUCGAUGAUCUCGUUGCUGAUCAAAAGUAUCGAUAUGAUGCCGCCCAUAUUUUCGCUGUAAUAAACGGAAUUACUUGG